AUGGAAUUGACAGCUUACUUUCUUGAAGCUGAAUCUUGCUUUCAGAAGCCAUACACAGGAGCAAACAAGCUUCUAGCUUCAAAUAUCGUUUUCCGGCGCCACCCUCCCUUCUUCGCUCGGUGGCUUCUCGUAUUCUACCGGAUGGGGUUUCUUGAGCUGUUUUCUGCUGCUUCAACACCUAUUCUCAAAGUUCUGAUAAUCACUGCAAUUGGCUCAUUUCUUGCCUUUGAUUCUGUUGAUAUCUUGGGACCAAUUGCAAGGAAACACGUCAAUAAUGGUGUGUUCUUUGUGUCGAAUCCAGCGCUUGUGGGAAGCAAUCUUGCUGAAACAAUCACUCUCGAAAGCAUGAUUUCUAUGUGGUUUAUGCCUGUGAACAUUCUUAUUACAUUCAUAAUUGGAGCAGCACUUGGAUGGUUGCUUUUGAUCAUCACAAAACCACCUCCACAUCUUAAAGGCCUCAUCUUAGGCGUCUGUUCAGCUGGAAACCUGGGAAAUUUGCUUUUGAUUAUAGUUCCAGCUGUAUGCAAAGAGAAAGGAAGUCCCUUUGGUGAUCCUGAUGUUUGUCAUGGGUAUGCCAUGACGUAUGCUUCAGUAUCUAUGGCAAUGGGAUCUUUAUUUGUGUGGACUUUCGUGUACAACCUACUAAGGGCCUUUUCGGAAGAUUCUGGCAACAAUGUUGUCAAAGAAACAGUAACCACACAUGAUGAUUUGACUGAAAACUUGCUUCCAUCAUCUUCACCUACUCUUAAAAAGCCGAAACUGAAGGUGAUGUUAGAUAAAAUGAAGCAACAAUUGGGGAACUUUUCGAAAGCUGUUAACUUGAAGGACAUAUUGGCACCAUCAACCACCGCAGCUAUUAUAGGCCUCAUAGUUGGAAUGAUUGGCCCACUGCGUAGGCUACUAAUAGGCACCACAGCUCCUCUUCAUGUGAUCCAAGAUUCUGCAUCUUUAAUCGGGGAUGCUGCAAUUCCAACUAUGACAUUGAUUUUGGGUGCUAACCUCUUACGAGGUUUGAAAGGAUCAUCUCGUGUCUCGUUACCAAUUGUGUUUGGAAUUGUAGCAGUUCGAUUAGUUUUGUUGCCAAUUAUUGGCAUUUUUAUUGUGAAAGGAGCGAUUUACUUGGGCUUAGUGCAUGCAGACCCUCUUUAUGUUUACGUUCUUUUACUACAAUUUGCAGUUCCACCCUCCAUGAACAUUGGUACAAUAACACAAUUAUUUGGAGCUGGUGAAAGUGAAUGUUCGGUGAUUAUGAUGUGGUCGUAUGGUUUGGCGUCGGUUUCACUUACCGUAUGGUCCAUGUUCUUUAUGUGGCUCGUGGCUUGAUUUGUUUCGGUUCAACAAAUCAAACAUAGAAAUAUCAAAGGGCCCCACCCAACUAGGUAAUGGGGUUAUUUUGUGUGAAUUCAAAUCAGAAUUAUCAUUUAUCAUCAUUUAUAUAAUCUUUGAUUUAUAUUUUUUUUGUGGAGAAUAAAGUUGGCGCAAUUCGAAUUCUUAUCGAGUUUCAUUGGUUCUAUGUAAGUAUUAGUAUUUAUGUAAUUAAGGCUAGAGAAAUAUCAAGGUUUGUGGAGU